UACUAUAUAAGACUGGUCUUUCAGUUGUCCCAUUAUCAGUCAGCUUCAUUCGCUUCCACAGCAGCACAACACAGACCAAAAACACAAAAUCCCCUCAACAUGUUCAAAUUGGUGGUGUUGUCUGCUCUCCUCGCCGUAGCUGUCGCUCGUCCCGGCCAUCUGUAUGAGUCUCCGCUGGUCUAUUCCGCCCCGGCUACCACAACCAUCGUGCAGGAGCCCUACCUGGCCAAUGUUGGUUCCGUGGUAAAGAGCGUUCCCACCUCUGUCUCCCACCAGAGCCAGUCGGUGGUCCACAGCUCUGCCCAUGUCGUCCAGGAUGUUGUCGCUCCCGUGGUGAAGACCUAUGCAGCUCCCGUCAUCACCAGCUACGCGGCAUCUCCUCUCGUCCACACCUCAUACGCCUCUUCCCUCGUCCAUACUUCCUAUGCGGCCACUCCCGUCGUCUACAACGCUGGCUGGUAA